AUGCCUCCAAUGCCUCCUUCUGCGCAGCGGCGUGGGCCGUCGUGGAUUGAUAAAAUGAAAAUGGGAAUGUUGAUGGGCGGAACCGUUGGAGGGAUCAUGGGCUUCAUCUACGGUACCGUGACGAUAUUUCAAUACGGCGCAGGUCAGGCUGGUGUAAUGAGGACCUUGGGGAAAUAUAUGCUGGGUUCAGGCUCUAUGUUCGGACUCUUUAUGGGCAUCGGAAGCAUCAUUCGCACAGAUUCACCUCACAUGACAUCGACAGCAUGGGCACGAUCACGAUAUCCGCCUCUCAUUCACCCACGACGAACCCAGUUUUCCAUCAACUCCCGGUGA